GCCAGUCCUGCGGGCUCCGCACUCCAUCGAGCUCACACUACGCCCAACCAAUUGCGUUUAAUGAUACCACUCGAACGCGUAUCCGUCCAAUCAACUCUUAAGACAACAGGAUCCUUCAGUCUGCUCUCUGGCUUGCGAUACUAUUGUUCUGCCAGCGUGUUCUCUUGAAUAGAGCCGUGGGAAUUGUGCAGUGUCGUAAACAAUCCAGUGAAAUGUUAUCGAGUGACGGGCACAGGAGAGAACGAUAUUACACCGCUAAAUGAUUCUACAAUGGAUUUUCGAACAUCCACAAAAUAAGGAUCAUAGUAAACAUGAUUGAUUGAACUUUAACAGUGCUCAAACGAUUUCGGACAACAUGAACGGUAUCAGCUCGACGGUUGAAAAACCAACCACAGACGGGGAGUUACGAGCGAAAGAUGAAACAAAAACAAAAAGAUCAGGCAUUCUACAAAAGCUGCUGUUGAUCAAGUCGAACAUAACCGUUGAACCGAUCAUAGCGUGUUAUAUAAUGUCAAAUGUGUUCUCAGGAUUGGCAGUUCAGAAUUUAAAUUUGGAGAAGGCUUGUCGAGUCAAUUUGGGAUAUAGUGACGAAGUUUGUUCCGCUUUAAAUAGGCGGCAGACAGAGAAUUACACGACAGAAGAAGCCGAGGUUCAAAAACUGACAGCUUCAGUUCAGGCUUGGAAAAACAUUGUUCAGACUGCAUUCCCGUGCAUACUGGUCUUAUUUGUCGGCUCAUGGAGCGAUAAAACCGGGAAAAGAAAAGCAUGUAUACUGCUACCGAUUGUAGGGGAAGUGUUGUGUUGCACAAGCUUCAUCCUGAACACAUAUUUCUUCUACGAAUUGCCUCUGGAGGUCACGGCCCUCUCAGACCUAUUUCCGUCGUUAACUGGAGGAUGGAUAACUGUAUGCGUUGGUGUAUUCAGUUAUAUAGGUGACGUAACAACCAAAGAAAUGAGGACAUUCAGAGUGGGAGUGGCCAACUUGUGUAUGUCCCUUGGUAUACCCAUCGGAAUGUCUUUGAGUGGUAUAUUGUUGCAAAAAAUUGGCUAUUAUGGUAUAUUUUUAAUAUCAAAUUGCCUGUAUUUUACCAGUUUAAUAUACGGAUAUAUACGAUUGAAAGAUCCUGUCAUCUCUCAGGAGAGGCAACGAGAGUUACCCGUCGGCUGCCGCGGUUGGGUGUGUUCGUUCUUCGACGCGCGUCACGUGCGCGAGACCCUCACAGUGGCGUUCAGGAGCGGGCCUCGGCGCAGGCGGCUCCGGGUCUCGUUACUUAUAGUGGUUGUGUGCGUCAUAUUUGGACCGUUACAUGGCGAGAUGAACGUUUUGUACCUGUUCAUGAGGUACAGAUUCAAUUGGGACGAGGUGCAGUUCAGUAUGUUUUGUACAUACAGCAUCAUUACCAACCUAGUAGGUACCCUGUUCUCUAUCAGCAUCUUCAGCGACUUUAUGAAGCUGGACGACACUGUCGUGGGCAUCAUAUCAUGCACCAGCAAGAUCCUCGCUUCUUUUAUAUUUGCUUUUGCCACUACAACGUUGGAAAUUUACAUAGCACCUCUGGUGGAGAUCUUCAAUGGCACUUCGUUCAUCGCGAUGCGGUCCAUUGCCUCCAAACUGGUGACUAGUGAAGAAUUGGGUAAAGUGAACUCCCUGUUCGGUUUGGCGGAAGCGAUGAUGCCCUUGGUGUACGGGCCAUUAUACUCAAGAGUAUAUAUGGCAACACUGAAUAUACUGCCGGGCGCAGUGUUCCUCUUGGGCGCCGCCAUGACAGUACCUGCUGUUGCCAUAUUUGGGUGGAUGUAUUUCGAGCAGAGGGAGGACAAUAAAGUAGAGGAAAUCGAGAAUGUCAAUAAAGAGGUGUAAUUAUGUCCAUAUUUAACAAUAGCAUGAACAUUUAUAUUUAAGUGAAUGUGUCAGUGAGCGGUCAUGUUGUUAUAUGUGAGAAACGUCUAAUAAAAGUUGUCUAACGAA